AUAGUUCAUAAUAUUUUGUGUGGGAGUAGUGAUUGAGGUUAGAGAUCCCGGAGAGAAUUAAAAAUAAUUCAUUAAAAUUAGACGGUCAUGAGAUUUUCCAGCCAAUGAAAUUAAUACAGCAAUGGCUUUACUAGGAGCUCAGCUGGUAAUAACACUGAAUAUGGUAUCACUGAUACAAAAGCUUGGUAAUUACUCAUUUGCAAGAUGGUUAUUAUGUUCCCAAGGAUUAUAUCGUUAUUUGUAUCCAGAUAACAGUGAAUUAAAGACUUUAGCGGGCGUACCGAAGGAUAAACCGAAAGGAAAGAAAGGCGGGAAAAAUGAGUUAAAUGGAAAGCCAGAGACUUUUCAUAUACCACGUAGUUUAGAUAUAAAAUUAGAGACAACUCCAGUUACUCCCUUGGACGUUGUUCAUUUAAGAUUCUACACAGAAUACAUAUGGAUAGUAGAUUUUGCUUUAUACACGGGAAUUGUGUAUAUAAUGUCAGAGAUUUAUACAUCAUUCUUCCCUUUGAAAGAUGAGUUCAACUUAAGUAUGGUAUGGUGUCUGCUCGUAGUACUAUUUUCAUUUAAAAUCCUACUAUCUCUAACAAAGCAGUAUUUCACAAGUGAAGAAUCCAUCGGUGAACGGUCGACAUGCAUUGUAGCAUUCUGUGUGUUCCUUCUUAUCGCUAUGGCAGUGUUGAUAGUUGAUGAAUCAAAUUUGGAAGUAGGCGUGGACCCCGCAUAUGACAGCUUUUAUGAAAACGCUUCCAAAUUCCUUGAAAACCAAGGAUUGUCGUCUGUGGGUCCAGCGUCAAAGUUGAUAUUGAAACUAUCGUUAGCAGUGUGGGCAGCUAUUAUUGGUACUUUGUUUACUUUCCCCGGCUUAAGAGUUGCUAGAAUGCAUUGGGAUUCUCUAAGUCAGUAUGAAGGCAGCAGAGGUGCAAGUCUACUACUAAGUGCCUCCCUGUGCUUGCCAGCGGCAUUGGCUUUACUAUGGCUACGACCAGUAGCUAGGCGUUAUCUGGCAGAUAGAGUUUUCUCAGGAAUGACUGAACCUCUCAUGACAGACCAAGCAUUUGAUUCCCUUCGUCUAGUGCUAGUUAUAGCUACAAUACUGCUUCGGAUAGCUUUAAUGCCUAGACAACUACAAGCGUACUUAGAUAUGGCUCAGAAGCGACUUGAUGUACAAAAGAAAGAGGCUGGAAGGAUAACUAAUAUUGACCUGCAGAAAAAGAUAGCAUCAGUAUUUUACUACCUAUGCGUGGUAGCAUUACAGUACAUAUGUCCUAUCAUAAUGUGUCUGUAUUUAGCACUUAUGUAUAAGACACUCGGUGGGUACUCGUGGGCAGCUUUAUUUUACAAACAAGAGGCUGCGUUACCAGAACAGAAACCUGUUGAAAAUAUUGAAGGAAUGGAACAGUUUCAAAUGGCGUGGGAGAAUUUGAAAAUGGUUUUCACAGAACAAGUAUAUCGAGGGUUGUUCGGCUUCGCAACUUGGUGGUGCUGUUUCGCGUGGUUCCUGACAACCGCUUUGGGUUCCAUGUACCAGUCCUACUUCAGGAUAUCAUGAUCUACAAUCUAGUCGUAGUUUUAGUAUUGACUAACGUCCCUCGCGGUUUUACCUUUUAAGUUUUAACCUUCAGAUUAGUUGACACAUUGGUACUUUAGCAUGAUGACAUACAUUAAUUUUGGUAAAUACGGUAUAGUAAAUUUGAUUUAGUAAUUUCAGACUUUCAAGGAAAUAAAUCUCUUCCCGUUAACAUAAUAAUCUUGUUCUUCAUAUAUAAAAUAUAAGAUGAAUUCAGGUUGUGAAUAAAAUUUUAUAUUUCUCUUU